AUGGCCACGGGCCGUGUCCCUGCAGGAGGAGGAGACGUUGGGCACUGAACCACAGCAACAGAAGCGGAUCCACCCUUCUCCCACCCCACCUCUUGAGUUUGAUUUUGUUUCCCGGAGAAAUCUGAUUAACCAGAUCUCUGUUUUCUUGUCUGCUUUCCCUUCUCUCUCCCUUUCAUUUUUCCCACUGUGUUGCCUUUCCCCCCACCCGUUCCCCGUUUUCCCCGCCUCAAUCCCGCUGGAUUUCUGUGUCCUGUUGCUUUUGCCUCGGUCGCUGCGGUGCCAGCGGGCGCAUCAGUUACACAGACAUGUAUGAGAUGCUGAGACACAUGUCCCCACCUCUAGGCCUUGGGAAGAAAUGCCCAGCUCGUGUUGCCUAUAAGCGCCUGGUGAGGAUGAACAUGCCCAUCUCUCCUGAGGAUCUGACCGUGCACUUCACCUCCACGCUGAUGGCCCUGAUCCGCACCGCCCUGGAGAUCAAACUGGCCUCAGGUGGGGUGAAGCAGCACCAGUGUGAUGCUGAGCUGAGGAAGGAGAUCUCGCUGGUGUGGCCCAACCUGUCCCAGAAGACUCUGGAUUUGCUGGUGCCCCCUCACAAACCUGAUGAGAUGACUGUGGGGAAGGUCUACGCAGCCCUGAUGAUAUUUGACUUCUACAAGCAGAAUAAGAACAGCAGGGAGCAAGUCCAGCCCCCCGGGGGCCUGUGCCAGCCUGGCCCAGUGUCCCUGUUCCACCCGCUGAAGGCCACUCUGGAGCAGACCCAGCCCGCAGCCUUCAGCAACGCCAAGGCCUUCCUGCGCCAGAAGAGCUCUGCCUCCCUCAACAAUGGGGGAGCCCUGCCGCCCCCGGAGGGUGGGAUCAAAGAGUCCAGUUCUUGGGGCACCCAGCGCACCCAGGACGUGUUUUAUGAAACCAGGAGCCCAGCUUUUGAACGAGGCCACUCCGAGGAGAUGCCCAGUGAGAGGGUGGUGGAGAUGAAGGAGAUCAGCCCCACGGUUGCCAACGGAGAGCCCCAGCCAGGGCUGGAGAGCCAGGGCCGGGCAGCGUCCAUGCCACGCCUGGCUGCWGAAACCCAGCCCAUCCCGGACACGAGCCCCAUGAAGCGCUCGGUCUCCACGCUGGCCCCGCAGCGCCCUCAYGCCAUGCACCUCUACGAGUACUCCYUGGAGAGGAUGCCACCRGAGCAGGGCCACCACCACCACCACCACCGCUGCCACCGGCGGAAAGAGAAGAAGCAGAAAUCCUUGGACAGGGCCGCCCAUCACAUGGCCGAUGGACAGGCUGUAGCCCAGUCUGCAGAGUCCUCCUCCAAGGACAAGAAGCAGGAGCGUGGCCGCUCCCAGGAGAGGAAGCAGCACUCGUCCUCAUCGUCUGAAAAGCAGCGCUUCUACUCGUGUGACCGCUACGGCAGCCGGGACCGUGCCCAGCCCAAAUCCRCUGACCAGAGCAGACCCACCUCCCCCAACGGGGGCCCGGAGCACGGCCCACACAGACAGGGCAGUGGUUCAGUUAAUGGGAGCCCCUUGCUGUCGACAUCUGGUGCUAGUACCCCCUGCCGGGGUCGGAGGCAGCUCCCACAGACUCCACUGACCCCCCGCCCCAGCAUCACUUACAAGACCGCUAACUCCUCGCCCGUGCACUUCACCACUUGCCAAGCCCCCGCCUUCUCCCCGGGCCGCCUGAGCCGCGGGCUGUCCGAGCACAACGCGCUGCUGCGGGGGGAGCAGCAGCCGCCCCCGCCCGCCGUGUCCCGCAUCGGCUCCGACCCCUACCUGGGCCAGCACGCCGCCGACAGCCCGCAGCGCGCCGCGCCCGAGGACACGCUCACCUUCGAGGAGGCCGUGGCCACCAACUCGGGCCGCUCCUCGAGGACUUCCUACGUCUCCUCGCUGACCUCGCAGUCGCACCAAAUCCGCCGCGUGCCCAAYGGUUACCACUACACGCUGGGGCUCAACGCGGGCCCCAGCGCCCGAGGACGCAGUUACUACCACGAAGCCGACGAGGAUGACUGGUGCUAGCGGCUCGGUGGAACCCUGCGAGGCCUGUGCGCUUAAUAAGGAUGAGUUUUAUCAUCUGGAGGGCUGGGAGCUCCCACGGGGGGCCCGGGGCCGGAGACAGCCGGCGGGGCAGCCCCGAGAACUGCUCGGCGCCCGGGGCCGGAGAUGCCCCUGCAGCCUCUCUCUCCUCUGUUGUUCUUUAGUUUUUCCUUUUUGGUUUGGGUUUGUUUAUUUUGUUUGCRCUAGACAGACAGAGGAAGAAGGCUCCCUCCUUCUGGGGAAGGCAGCAGGAGGAGCACACCCCUCUCUGCCCCCUCCCCACGGCCUUGUCCAGUCCCAAGACACGCACCAGGCGCCAACCCGGCCACGAGAAGAGCGAUCCUCGCCUUCCACGGUGGAAAAGCAGAACUGUGGGUCCUUCUCGAGAUCAGCGCAGUUUCRUUGGGCUACUUCUUAAUUAAUUUCCCAUCACAAUUCCCCGCCUACAGCCAGGGUGGGAGCCGGGGGUAGCGGAAGGACUCGCACGAACAACGCUCGCCCCCGCGUUGGUGUCGUUGAGCACCGAGAAGGAAGAGAUGCACCCRAGAAACUGGGAGAGGAGAACACAGCCCAGAACAAAGGACAGUCCUUUGGGACUUGAUGUUCAGCCACUGCAAUCCUUUAGGGCAGAGCUGGUGCCACCCUCGCCCCCCUGAGCUGACCCGGCUGUGACACCGCUGCCCUGGGGGUCUCUAAUGUCACUCACCACGUCGGGUCCUUCACACUGACACAYGGUAAAGCCACAAGAGAGCUCCUUUGUAAGGACUGUUUCCUUGCUGCUGAGACUUUUCAAUCCAUCCCUCUCUCCUGUUGACUGCAACACGCCCUCACUGUUUUGUCUUGUUUACAAUAUAAGCUUGAUUUAGCAAAAAAAAAAACUUCAAAAAAGAAAAAGUCCACAAACCCCCCCACCCAAACAAAGAAAACAGGAAAAAAAAAAAGCGUAGGGGUGAGAAGAAGAAAUGUUAUUGGUUUUAUAUCAAGCUAUUAGAUAGAACUUUAACUUUUCAUUGUGUGCAUUUUUGUAAAUUGUACAGUAAAAAAAAAAAAAACUAAAAAAAAAGAAAAAAAUUCCUCUUUAUGUAGAGAAUUAGUCCAAUUGUCAUUCCAGGUCCCACCGUUUCUACCGAAUGCUCCAGUUGUUCACUACUAAGUGCCUAACCUUUGAAAUCUUUCACAGUGACGAUGCAACCUCUUGCUUCGAGGCAUCAGAGCUUGGGCGAGCGUGGGGAGGGCAGAGGGGGCAGGGGCUGAGCUGGAGGAGCCACCAGGAGGGUCCCAGGGGCCACCACACCCUGGACAUGGCCCUCCACACUGGGAGCUUCCAGUGGGGAAGGCAAACGAGCUUUGGGGUUGGUUUGGGUUUUGUUGGCCUUUUGUUAUUCUUACUUUUAAUUUUUUUUWAACAUAUAAAUAUAUAAAUAUAUAUAUACUUUUA